CUAAAACAAGAGUGGCUGGCAGAAGGACAGAGCUGCCGCUGGCUUGAGGAAAUUGAUGACGGGGAAGCAUGCGGGCAACCCAGUGUAUAAAACUCCUAAACGUGUAGGCAGAAGCUUAGCUACCACUUUGGACAGCUGCUUUUCACCAGCAAAAACCACACGGCAGGGAGCCGAGCCCGAGCCAGCUGGGAAACAUGAAGAGCUUCUUGCUGCUGACCACGCUCCUUGUCCCUGCUCACCUGGCCAUGGCCUGGAGCACCAAGUAUGCGGUGGAUUGCCCAGAUCACUGUGACGGCAGCCAGUGCAGAAGCAGCCUGCACUGCAAGAGGACAGUGCUGGAUGACUGUGGCUGCUGCCAGGUGUGCGCUGCAGGUCUGGGAGAAACGUGCUACCGCACAGUCUCAGGCAUGGAUGGAGUCAAGUGUGGCCCCGGGCUGAGGUGUCAGUUUUACAGUGAGGAGGAUGAUUUUGGUGACGAGUUUGGUAUCUGCAAAGAUUGCCCCUAUGGCACUUUUGGGAUAGAAUGCAAGGAGACCUGCAACUGCCAGUCUGGUAUCUGUGACAGAGUGACAGGAAAAUGUCUGAAAUUUCCCUUCUUCCAGUAUUCAACAGCCAAGUCUUCCAGCAGGAGAUUUGUCUCUCACACAGAGCGUGACAUGGCUUCUGGAGAUGGCAAUGCUGUGAGAGAAGAACUUGUGAAAGAGAAGACUGCUCAGUCUCCAGGAACAAAAUGGCUAAAUCCCCGCUGAUCCUGUGGAAGUUCCAAGAGGAGGCUCCAUGUUAAUGAUUGUUCAACACUCAGCCAAUGCUUUAAGAACUGUCUAGUUAAGGCAUAUGGACAUGUAAUUUUUGGAGAGCAAAUGUGAGUGAAUCCAGAAAAAAAUAGUAGGCUACUUAAAAAUCUAUAAAAUGCAUAAGACUGAACCCUUUUAGAUAUUUGUCUGUUAAAUAUUUCGAAUGCAUAUAGAUUUGUGAAAUGUGUGUGUAUAGUAAUACAGAAAAACGAAACAUGCAAUUUAGAUAAUCUGUGGAGUCAAGUCAAAGAGGAAGCUUGUGGAAACUGAAACCACAUGGAAUCUCAGUGUUCUUUGACUUGGAUGUGCAUUAAUGUGGGGAUGGGGUAGAAGAAGUCAGGAGCAAGAGAGAGGAGGGUGGGGGAAGGGCGAGCUAGUAUAACAUUUAGCUAUUCCUUGUGGUAGCUUCAGUAGAAUUCAAUUUCUAAAAUCCUUUAGGGAAAAGUGAAAAAACAAAAAGAACUGCAGGAAGUGGGAUGUUCGAAGCCUAUGGGAGUUUGAGCAAGUCUUGAAUUCAGCUUGAAUGGAAUUUUUCAAGGGCUGGUCAUGAAGUUCUCAGGUUACCCCCAUUUAACUAAGGGUUGUGUUUGUUGGGGAGGGCAAAUGUACCCAUCCACACCACUGUUUAAAGAAAGAAUACUAUCUCUCAUCUAGGACUGGAAGUAUUUUGCCUGAGGUGGGGGGUGGGCAGAAUGAAGGUAUAUACGUAAACAACUAUGUUAGAACACGUCAUCCUCUUGAGGAAAUGAACCUAAUAUUUGUUUAUUAUGUGGUCAGAAUAAAGGUGUCACUAACUCUAUAAGGUUUUCAAACAUCUGAGGCAUGAUUAAUUUGUUAUUGAUAGUUAUGGUAAUAAUAAUCAACAAUGAUGAGCAGAAUGGAAAAUUUGAGUCACUCUUGGAUUAAAAAAGUCAAAAACAUAAACAACAGGGGAAAUAUUGAAACAUAAAUUCCAUGACAUAGAUAAUUUCAGGUUGCAAACAGAAAAUAGAUUUUUGGCAAGUGUGAGAAAAGAAGAGUUUAUUUUCAGCAGGAAGCAUGUCAACUUUAACGUAGAGUUCAUUGUCACAUUUUUUUCUUUCAAACUUGAUUGGCAAGUGGAAUUAGCAAUAUGCUUGGGGGGAAAUCUUAGCGCAAAUAGGGCUGUUGUACUAGAUCUUUUUGGAAAUAUUCACAGAAGUAAUUUUAUUUGCAGUGAGGAACUUAUUUAAGAAUUAUUUCACUAUGUACUUGUAUUUUAUUCUUGAAGUUUGCCAACAGAGUCAUGAAUGUGUAUUAGGAAGGAGGGUCUUUGAAUGUAAGCAGAAUAAGCUGUUAAGUUUUGUUUUAAAAGAACAAAUUUAUUAUUGUUCAAUAAAAAUGAUAUGUAUU